AUGUUCACCAAGAUUCAAACUUAUUUACUAAAACGCAUAUUUGAAGAGGUGGACCCAAGCUUAUUUCAAGUACUCAAAGACCCAGUACUGCCUUUCGCAACGACAAGUACAACAUUGCCAACUCCCUCAUUAUCAAUAGUAGGACAGUUCUUGAAUUAUGAGACAAAUAACAACAAAUUUACACCACACGGCCAACCAGAGACCACAUUGCAGGGAAUUUUUAAAACUCAAAUCAGAAUCUAUAACCAAAUAAUUAACCAGAUCAACCUUUACAAGAAUCAGUUGACUGAUGGAAACUACAGACUAGUGGUAUUGUACUUCGAAUACUAUUAUCUAUACAUCAAGACAUCCAAGGUUGUUGAACCUAACCUCCGAAGACAAUUACUCAGCCACAUCAACUACAUUCUAACCUCAAUCGAUACGGCAUCUCCACCAAUGGCUCAAGACUGUAUAAACAGCUUUCUCAAGGUACUUGUUACGCUUCACCCCAUCACCAGCACCAACAACAACAACUACAAAGGACAACAAGUUAACGAAAUAAUAUCAGACUUGAACUACUUUAUCAGCCAAUCGCAAUCCCCAUUGACUAAAACUACAUUGCUCCAUGCAGUUUCAUUGACUUUUGCAUAUGAAGUUUUCCAUUACCCUAUAUUGGCAAACAAAAUUCUGCAAAGCAAGUCGCUAACAUUGAAACAACGCAGGCUAUUGACACAAUUUUCAAGAUUUUAUUUCCUCACUUCAUGGAAGCACUAUACGCAAAGUAAAUCAUUGACGUCUGUCUCUUUGGAUGAAGUUGGCACCCUGUUUUGUCAAUCUGAGUUUGACAAAGUUGUUGAAGAUGUCAAGGAAGAGCGGAAAAAUGAGGAAGGUAAGCAAGAAGGAGAUACAACUGACCUUGGAACACACGCAAAACGUGACGGCUGUAACGAUACCGAUCAUGGUUGUGGUGGCGUGGACUCUACAGUUGGGGUUGACGAUGGCAUUGACAAUCGAGUAAUACAGUUGUAUAAUGCUGGAUCAUUAGCUGAAUUGAGAAGCGAUGAAAUCAUUCAGCUGUUUCAAGAAGCAAUGAAGGAAUAUAGAAUGAGAAGACAAUUAAAUUGA